AUGUUGCCGGUGAAAAUGGAGUACAUAUAUAUAUAUAUCAUGAAUGAACCACGAGUACAGUCCUAAAACAAACAACUCUCCACCUGGAUAACUUCUUCUUGCUUCGUUGGUACCGGGAUAACGCGAUACUCCCCGUCUCGUGGGUGUCUCGUGGGUCGGGUGGCUCUGCCUGGCGCUCCGCGAAGAACCGGAAAAAAAUUCCAUCGUUAACAAAAACCACCCUCUGUGCAUUUUGCCAGAGGUUUUGACAUAUCCAGUUACAGCUCUUGGACCAUAUUCAGCCAACGGGACAAAGUGACGACGACGAGGAAAUGCUAGUGAAGCAGUUUAGAGGACCAAGCAGGAGCUUUUCGCUCUUUUGGAAGAUGCUCGCGAUGGAAGGGCCCACGAAGCCCGCGGAUCAAAAGAUAUUCAGCUGGGACGACUCGCCUCAUGAGGACUUGAGAACCAGAGCAGCCGUGAUUCGGGCCAAGGCCUUGUGCCCCGUGACGAGCAAGCCUGUUGCGUUUGUAUGUCCUUACUCGGGCAUUCCCACGCACGCGAGCCAAGAGGCGUGGCGACAAGACACCAGCUAUCAUAGUCGAAAGAAGUACGAGGAUUUGAAACAGGCCAAUUUCUUUGAGCAUCAGUUGAGAGCGAAGAACUUUGAAGUUGUGUUCCCAGCGGAACAGGAGAAGGAGUUUGUUGUGAAUUUGUCCAACUGGGAUACCUACUUUUACACGCGGGACUACCCGCCUAUGGACGAUUUCAUGACUGGUGUCUAUUCCAAGCUCUUGUCCUACCCACUUACCAUUGGCUCGAUCAUGCACCAGUUCUCGGCGUACACCAACAAGGUCAUCACGUUGGAAGGGGCCAAGAGUUUAGCUGCGUUGCGGUAUACUCUAUACAGCCAAAAGAAGGAUGCAAGUGAGUUCCACUUGCAAGAGAAGAUCAGGGUGUUUGUGUUGGGCGAAGGCGAUAUCCCCGGGGUGGCAUGGAAGCAAUUGGGCUAUUUGUUCGGCAACAACAUCUUUGAGAUCCACGUUAUCGGCAACGCCAAUCUGCCGCCAGUACGCUACGACGACCAGAUCUCCAUUGUCCGACAUUCAUACCAGUAUUUCAUCGAUGGUGCCUUGUUCCCCUUUGACCCGUACUUGGACGUGUUUAUGAUUAACCACCCUGGCUUCAAUUUCAACGAGGUGUUUUGGAAACAGAUAGUCAAGACUUUGCUUGAGUCGAAAUGCGCUGCCUUUGUCACCGGCUACGACGAAAAGGAUGUUCUGCGGGAAGUGGACUGGAUAAGUGACAAUUUCGGCGAUGAGAUGGACAUUUUGAUGAAACCUACAAAGAACUUGUUCAACUGUACCAAACCCGAGAUCAAUGAUACCAACCCUACGGAGACUUUCAACAUUAACAGCCACAUCUUUGGAUUUAGAGGCAAGAGGUACCACGCCAUUCAAGUUUGA